AUGUGGCAUUGCCCGGCUCGAGCGUAUUCAGCUGUUGUAGGCGAGGCGGAAGCAGCGCCACAGGGAACGAUUCGUCUUCAUAUCGAUCCCUUGACUCGCCGUGUUGCAACUAUCUUCCUCGCGCUAGUCUGCAGACGGCGCACGGUCCCGCAAAAACCAGUGCAGGAUGGUUCAUCCCGAUAUGUUUCGUCCAAUGGCGGCGCACUGGCGUCCGUCGUUGGUGGAGCGCAGAACAGUGUCUCGCGACCGAAAUGUGGAUGUGCUUGGUGCACGUCGCGCGUGUUCCGAGACCUGGUGCCGAGAUACACGAAGAAAAGAUCGGAGUGCACGUGGCUAGGAUUGUUUGUCUUGUACCCCAAGGUGCAGCCGCUUGUUGUCAGCAUGUUUUUUGCGACUUCGGUCCGUCAGAUGCAUCUGAUAUGGGCACGGAUGCGUCGCAACGCAAAUCAUGUGUACCAUGUUCGUCUGAACUAG